AUGUCGUUCAAUGAAAAGUUUCAGGCUGGAGAAUCCUACAAGGACACCUCCAAGGAGGACCCUUCGGGUCUUCUCGACAACCCUGAGAAGCUCGUUGCGGACCUAAUCAAGGACUAUUCUGGUGUCCGGAGCCAAGCUAGCCCCGCUGAUCUCCUGGCUCUUGUCAAACAGCUUCUCCAGAAGGGUCAGCCUCUUGAUGACAAGAAGGGAACAACUGAGAUGCUUAUUGGCAUUCUCACCGCCCUGCCUCGUUCUUCCAAGGCUCGCACCGCUCUGACAAACAAGCUCAUUGACACUCUCUGGAACAACCUCCAACAUCCCCCACUGAGCUACGUCGGUGGCGACGUCAAGUAUGAGGUCGCCAACUCGGACAAGCCAGAGCAUAAGGAUCACUGCAAGGUAUACGAUACCAUUGAGUUCAAGGUGCCAGGCACCAAUGUUACCCUCCGAGAACAAGUCCCUCAAGCACCCGACGGUCUGCACCAGUACCGUAUGCCUGAUGGAAGCUUUAACAAUAUUCUUGAGCCGAACUUGGGCAGAGCUGGUACUCCUUAUGCCAAGUCAGUCAGAUCUGAGAAGCGUCUCCAUGGUGUCAAGCCCGACCCUGGUCUACUCUUUGAUCUUCUCAUGGCUCGUGGUGAAGGCGACUUCAAGGAGAACCCAGCUGGUAUCUCCUCCAUGCUGUUCUACCACGCUGCCAUUAUUAUCCAUGACAUCUUCCGCACAAACCGCACAGACAUGAACAAGUCUGACACAUCGUCAUACCUUGAUCUUGCACCCUUGUACGGUUCAUCUCUCAAGGAUCAGCUUGAGAUCCGUACCAUGAAAGAGGGUAAGCUCAAGCCUGAUACCUUCCAUGAGAAGCGUCUCCUGGGCCAGCCUGCUGGUGUAAAUGUGAUGCUUGUUCUCUACAGUCGUUUCCACAACUAUGUUGCCGACAUCCUGCUCAAGAUCAACGAGAACGGACGUUUCUCGCUAUCAACACCCCCCAAUGCCUCUGAAGAAGACAAGGCGAAGGCAAUUGCCAAGCAGGACCAUGACCUCUUCAACGUGGCUCGUCUCAUCACAGGUGGCUUGUACAUCAACAUCUGUCUUCAUGACUACCUUCGAGCCAUCACCAACACACAUCACUCCGCCAGUGACUGGACUCUGGACCCUCGUGUUGCUAUUGAUAAGCAAUUUGAUGGCGACGGUGUCCCUCGUGGUGUUGGAAACCAAGUCAGCGUCGAGUUCAACCUCCUCUACCGCUUCCACUCAUGUAUCUCCCAAAGGGAUGAACGUUGGAUUAACGACUUCUUCCUUAAGCUCUUCCCUGGUCGCAAGGCCGAAGAUCUUCAGGAUGUCAGCUGGACCGAACUUGGACAGGCUCUUCUGACUUUUGAAGCCAACACUCCCAAGGAUCCCAGUGUCCGAACCUUUGACGGACUCGAGCGUCAGGCUGAUGGCACGUUCAAGGAUGAAGACCUUGUUCGUAUCCUCAAGACAGCUAUGGAAGACCCUGCCGGCUGCUUCGGUGCUCGCAUGGUUCCCAAGGCCCUCAAGGUCGUCGAAGUCCUUGGUAUUAUCCAGGGCCGAAAAUGGCAAUGUGCUUCUCUCAACGAGUUCCGUGAAUUCUUCGGACUCAAGCGAUAUAACCAGUUCAGCGACAUCAACUCAGAUCCCGAGAUUGCAAACAUUCUCGAGAAGCUGUACACUGAUCCUGACAUGGUUGAGCUCUAUCCUGGUCUCAUGAUUGAGGACAUCAAACCCCAGCGCAACCCUGGAUCUGGUAUUAUGCCAACCUACUCUGUUGGUCGGGCUGUUCUUUCUGACGCCAUCACGCUUGUGCGAUCAGACAGAUUCAACACCAUUGAUUACACGGUGUCCAACCUCACGGCAUGGGGUUACAAUGAGGUCCAGCAGGACUACAAGACACUCGGUGGCUCGAUGCUGUACAAGCUCAUCCAGCGUGGUGUUCCCAACUGGUUCCCAUACAACUCAGUUGCUGUCAUGCAGCCCAUGUACACCAAGAGCGCCAACGAGAAGAUCGCCAAGGAGAUUGGCACCUUUGACCAGUUUACAACGGCUGAUCCCAAGCCACCGGCCAAGGUUGCUGUGACGAUGUCCAGUGAAACCAUCAAGAAGGUACUCAGUAAUACCCAGCAAUACGUGGUGCCCUGGCUCAAGCCUUUGAACGAUCUGUUCCCAGGCAAGAAGGACUAUGGUUUCUUCAUGCUUGCUGGAGAUGAGCAGAAGAACUACCAACACCGAGCCGACUGGCAAAAGGCAAUGAAGAAGGUCCCCAAUCUCCAUGAUGCUGUCCACACAUUCAUUGAGCGUGAGGGUGCCAAACUCAUCAAGAAGGAGACCUUCACUUUCAAGAAGGGUCUAGACCAGAUCGACAUCAUCCGCGAUGUGGCAGUUCCUCUCAACGCACAGCUUCUGUCAGACAUGUUCUACUUUGACAUGCGCACCGAUGAGAACCCCGACGGAGAGCUCGGUGCUGCUGAAUUGUACCGCAGCCUUCUUGACAUCCGAAUUUGGGGCGUCAACAACAAUGAUCCCGCCCAGGCAUGGAACCGCCGACGUCGUGCACAGGAGGGUGUCAAGAAGAUAUACGAGUCGACCAAGAAGCUUGUUGCUGAGGUCGAUGUUGGACGUCCUCGGGGUAUUGGCCUGAUUUCUGCCGUUUCUAACAGAAUCGGUGCCAGGUCGUACCUCAAGAAGGAUUCGCUACGCUCCUGUGGUCUCAAACUUGUCGAGGAGCUUCUUGCACAGGGCAAUUCGAUUGACCAUGUCACCGACAACCUCUGGCUCACCGCAUUUGGUGGUAUUGGUGUUCCUGUUACAACUUUCUACGAAGUUUUGUCAUUCUUCCUGCGUCCCGAGAACCAGUCCAUUUGGGCCGAAGUCCAAGCUAUUGCGCAGAAGGGCGAUGAAGCAACACUUCACGCCUAUGUCGCUGAAGCUCAACGCAUGACCAGCUCUCAGCGCAACGUUCGCGUGUCCAAGGGAUCGGGUGAAGUCGAUGGUCAAUCCAUCACUCCCGGCACAGCAGUCGUUCUUAUGCUUGGCGAGGCUGGACGCAACGCCAAGGAAAUUCCGGACGCAGACAAGUUCAACGCUCAGCGCAAGGCCCAAGAUGUUUCAGCUUUCAGCUAUGGUCAACACGAGUGCCUUGCCAAGGACCUCGCCCUUGCCUUUGUUACCGGUCUUAUCAAGCUUGUUGCUGAUCUCAAGGAACUUCGACCCGCGCCUGGCCAAAUGGGAACAGUCAAGACCAUCCGUGUUGGUACUGAGAAGGCUUAUCUCAACGACAGUUGGUCGUACCUUGGAUUCGAUGCUAGCACUUGGAAGGUUCAUUUCAACGGGCAUGGAAAGGGUAACUUUGAAGGUGACAGAGUCCCGACAAAGAGCACCCCUAUCCAAGAAUACUACUCCCUGCUACAGAAGCGCAAGGAUGAGAUUUUGGGUCGAUAG